GAGGCGCUCCUCUGGCAGGCAGGCAGCAUGGCGGCCGUGGAGACCCGAGUGUGUGAGACGGACGGCUGCAGCAGCGAGGCCAAGCUCCAGUGUCCCACCUGCAUCAAGCUGGGCAUCCAGGGCUCGUACUUCUGCUCGCAGGAAUGUUUUAAAGGAAGUUGGGCCACUCACAAGUUACUACAUAAGAAAGCAAAAGAUGAAAAGGCAAAGCGAGAAGUGUCUUCCUGGACUGUAGAAGGCGACAUUAACACUGACCCAUGGGCAGGUUAUCGAUAUACUGGUAAACUGAGACCACAUUAUCCACUGAUGCCAACAAGGCCAGUGCCAAGUUACAUUCAAAGACCGGAUUAUGCUGAUCACCCUUUAGGAAUGUCUGAAUCCGAACAGGCUCUUAAAGGUACUUCUCAAAUUAAAUUACUCUCCUCUGAAGAUAUUGAAGGGAUGCGACUUGUAUGUAGGCUUGCUCGAGAAGUUUUGGAUAUUGCUGCUGGGAUGAUAAAACCAGGUGUAACUACUGAAGAAAUAGAUCAUGCUGUACACUUAGCAUGCAUUGCAAGAAAUUGUUAUCCUUCUCCCCUGAAUUAUUAUAAUUUUCCAAAGUCUUGUUGUACCUCAGUGAAUGAAGUCAUCUGCCAUGGAAUUCCAGACAGACGGCCUUUGCAAGAAGGUGAUAUUGUUAAUGUGGACAUCACUCUUUAUCGCAAUGGUUAUCACGGGGACCUGAAUGAGACGUUUUUUGUUGGAGAUGUGGAUGAAGGAGCACGGAAACUAGUGCAGACCACAUAUGAGUGCCUGAUGCAAGCCAUCGAUGCAGUGAAACCUGGUGUUCGAUACAGAGAACUGGGAAACAUUAUUCAGAAGCAUGCCCAAGCCAGUGGAUUUUCAGUUGUUCGAAGCUAUUGUGGGCAUGGAAUCCACAAGCUUUUUCAUACAGCCCCCAAUGUGCCUCACUAUGCCAAAAAUAAAGCAGUUGGAGUGAUGAAGUCAGGCCACGUAUUUACAAUUGAGCCAAUGAUUUGUGAAGGUGGGUGGCAGGAUGAAACCUGGCCUGAUGGUUGGACCGCAGUGACGAGAGAUGGGAAGCGGUCUGCUCAGUUUGAGCACACCCUGCUGGUCACGGACACUGGCUGUGAAAUCCUAACUCGGAGACUUGACAGCGCGCGGCCUCACUUCAUGUCCCAAUUUUAAUUUCUCCUAAGAUGACACAGCUCAAUAAUACUUUCUUAUUCUGUGCAUUUUAUUGAGAGUACAGAAAGGAAGAGGCAAUUUUUUUAAUCACUUGUUUUGUUUCAAUUAUAAAAAGGACUACAGCAUUUGGUGUGUGUCCUCAGCAGCUUGUCUUGGGUCUAUAAAUGCUGAGAAGAAUAAAGGAAAUAUUGCUCAUUUCCUUUCAUAACCCCCCAUCCCAACUCUGCACACCUUUUUUCUUAUUUGCCCCUUGAGCACUUUUACUUAAACUUGCUUUUUGUUGCUUUUAUCACUGCCACAAACCGGCCAUCAGGAGCCAGCUGCUUUCCAGGUGAAUGUUGAAGAUGAGAACCCUUGACAUUUUAGCAACACAUGUUGCUGCAGAUUUUUUUUAUUAUAUAUGGAAAUAUAUAUGCAUACAUUUUAAACUCCAUAUACAUAAUUACUGAACACUAUGUGACCUUUGGUUUGGGUUAAUUCUGCUUUGACGGUUAUUUGCUGUCAUAAAUGGAUCCAUAGUUUGUAGUGAUUUAAUUCCUGGAUGGGAAUUGGCCCCAUGCUAAUUACUUACCCUGUUCUUGUGUGUAAGGAAGCACUCACUCAGUGAGACUUUCUCUCCAUUGUGGACUCUGUUAGUGAAUGAAUGUGUUAAAAUUCACUUUGGAAGGUUAUCAGUCUAGUAUGUGGCAAAAAUAGCCCUGUGUCCAGCCGUGACUGGCUGUGGCAGGGCACUGCCGUUUCAGACCUCCAUUUGUCAGAAAUGGGAGGAGGAAAGCCCCUCUUCUUCCCCUUCUCUUAUUUCAGGGUUGUACCUUGGGGAUGCUCAGAGAAGGGUGUUGGUUGGGUGCACUGUGGCAGAUGAUGGGGAAAGAGUAAGUAGGUGGGCUGUGAGCGACUUCACAUUUAAUAACCUGUUAGCAAUGAAAACGGAACUUCCUUGAGUACUGUAACCUUGCAGUAGGGAUGUUGCUGUCCUUGGUAUGUUGAAGUACACCUCACCUGAAUGUAGUUGAGAGCCUCAUUAGAAAUGACCUCAGCUGCCAAUAUCUAUGUUCCUUUCAGCAGUUGUCCAAAUAGAUGUGUGUCCAGUGAAGACAUCAGAUCCUAAAGUCACUGUCAUUUAGAAUAUGCUUGAUCGCUGGGUAUUUUGAUGACUUCCUUGUGAUAUAAUUUGAUGCCGCUGACACAUUACACUUGUAAGAGAUCAUCUUUCCCAGAGUGCCUCAGACCUAAUUGCUUUAAGAGAAUUAUGAUAAUGUUUUCAUUACUUUUAUUAUUUUAAUGAUUUAGUAAAGUGACUGAAUCUGGUAUAGACUUCUGGGGGUAUGUGUGUGAAGUUUUUAUCAAACUGUAAUAUUUGUGAAUGGAAUGCCUUGUAAUACGAAUGUUAAUAUAAUGUGUAAAGGGAGAUUAAAAGUUUGAAUUAUUAUCCCACCAUUCAUCAUUAACUUUGCUGCAUUUGUUUGGGAUUUCAGAGGGAAUUGCUUGAAUGGCGAGGCUGAUUUCAUAAUCUGUAAUAAACUCAAGACCAUUUGAGUACAAAUACUUUUCCAGGCAUAAUGGCUACACCAUAAUUGCAGUAUUGUGUUUAAUCCAGCAGAGUGCAGCACUUGAGAUACAACCAUAUUUUUGAGAGUAUAUUGAACAUUUAGGGAAGCCUUUUAUGUUCUGAAAAUGGAAUUAACAGUGUGGAUUUAUUCAGUGUCAUUAGGAAAUAUACUGACAAAGUCUAGUAGGACAGUAUACUUGCUGCUGCUGUUGCUUACCUCCAUUUGGGGAAUUUAAAAUUUUUUUUAAACAGUGUGGGCUGUAGUCUAAUUACAUGUAUUGAAUUACAAAUAUGUAUUAGAUUUAAGUGACC